GACUACCACCACCUCUUUCGCUGGACAUCAGGCGAUAUGGGGAUCAAGGGUGAAUUGUCUUCGACUUUAUAAAUUCUACGCAGGGUAAGACAACCGGCAGUUGCAUUUCCGCCAGUCAAGUCACUAAACAGCUAUAGAAUGCCCGUCACGACAACCCUACAAAGCCAUGAUCGUGUCAUGCUGCUGGACCCAUCAGAACAGCUUCGACCUGAGCCAGUAUAUGCUGGGAAGUUGCAAAGUGAGUUCCGCAAUUUCGAUGAAGAUUCCGAUGAUCCCAUCAAGAAACGUGUCCGUAAAACCUACGAAGAGAUGCACACCAAUCAAACCGUCGAGUUCGUAAAAUCUCGUAUGAAAGAAUGGCUUCGGUUUAAUAAAUUCAAAAUGACGAUAAAAGAAGCUCUCCUCAAAUUGAACGAUCUCGUGGACGAAAGUGAUCCGGACACGAAUCUGCCUAACAUCGUCCACGCGUUUCAAACUGCGGAGUCCAUCAGGGAGAAGCAUCCAGACUUGGGCUGGUUCCAUCUCACCGGCUUAAUUCACGAUCUUGGCAAAGUGAUGGCGUUUUAUGGAGAGCCUCAGUGGGCGGUGGUAGGUGACACGUUCCCCGUCGGAUGUGCCUGGAGUGACUCUAUUGUCUACAGAACAACAAGCUUUAACAACAAUCCCGAUGGCAAAGACUCUCGUUACAACACAAAAUAUGGCAUGUACAAACCGAAGUGUGGAAUAUCCAAUUUGAUGAUGUCAUGGGGCCAUGACGAGUACUUGUACCGCUUACUCGUUCAUAACAAGAGCAAAUUACCGAAGGAGGCUUUAGCUGUAAUUCGUUAUCACUCCUUUUAUCCCUGGCACGCUGGCGGUGACUAUAUGCACUUCUGUACCUCAGAAGAUAUCGAGAUGCUGAAAUGGGUGACAGAAUUUAACAAAUUUGAUCUUUACACUAAGAGUGGCAGCAAGCCAGACAUCGAGAAAUUAUGGCCUUAUUAUGAAAAAUUGAUUGACGAAUACAUCCCUGGCGUGAUUGAAUGGUGAUUUUCCUCUAUACUUAUUAUUAUGUUCCUAUUGUGCGUAAUUCAUAUGGUAUUUUAAAUGACGAUUGUUAUAUGAAAAUAAUAUAAAAGCUAUAUUUAUGAUUAAUCAGAUAUAUACAUAAGAAUUUUAUAAUUUUAAUAAGAGUAUAUAAGACUUUAAGAGUUUAUAAGUAUACAAGUACAUAUUGACAAUAAGGAAUAUUAUUAUUACUGUAUCUUAUCAGUAAUGUUUAUACCGAUACAUAUAAUAAGUGAUACCGAUAUCGGUAUCAUAUAUAUAUAUAAUAUACAGUAUUCCUGGAUUUACAAACUGUAAUAGUAUGUUCUACAUUCUGUGAAUUCAAACGUUUCAAACAGGAACCAUGACUAGAAGAAACAGACAAGAUAAACAUCAUCGAAUGACAUGUCACUUGAUCUUUAUCUUGUGCCAUUUAUAUCGUUUCAAAAAUAGCAAGUUUAUCGGGCAUAAGUCAUGUCAAGAAAUGAGACAAAAUUCACGAUGCAACAAUGGUCAUAUUUUCGCUUAGAAUUUUUAAGCAUUUAAGGAUCUAAAUUCAUAUAACAUUCUUUUCUUAUUUUUGCUCACAGAACAAAUUGUUAAAGUUUGUACGGAAAAUUCGGGAAUAUCCUAUAUAGAUUAUAAUAACAUGUAGACAUAUAUUAGACAUACUCUUAUAAUAUAUUAUACGUGCUAUGCGAAAAAAAAGUUAAAAUCUAAGUCAUAUUAAUCAAAACUAAUUAGAUCAAAUAAAAAAUAAAAUGCCUUAAAAGAGUCAA